ACAAAAAGAGUAGACCGCUGGUGCAGGAGAUCUCCACCCAACUGCUAAAACCCUAAUUAUCACUACCCCCAAAUAUCCGAAAUCAAAUUAUAGGGUUUAAGCACUUCACUGCUCCUGCAAUGGCGUCAACCCUCGCUGCUCCCAGAUCCCACAAUCUCCCUCAUUUUAUUGGCAAAAACUACGAAAUUUCCCUGAACCAAUCGAUUGAAGCUCUAUUAACCUCCAUGCGAAACUCUAAUUCCAGGAACUCCACAAAUUUUACCUCCGAGUUUCAAGAAUUCGUGCAAUCUAAAGCUGACCCGCCUCUGGAGAGCAUUUGGGUUUACACAGCUUUGACUUUUACUUCCUGUAGCACGCCAAAAACUGAUCCUUUCAGCCGGAUUUUAGCGAUUAAAGAUUUAUUUCAGCUUAUAGUUUCUUGCUCCGCUUCUUGCAGUUCCGUAAAAAGCAUAGCUUUAGUUGCGCCUGUUAUAUACUAUUUGCAUGGCUUUAUACUUGAUGUGAAGGGCUUUCAGUUGGGGCCCAAGAAGGAGAAAAAGCUUAAUGGAGAAAUCAAGACACUGGUGGAUUCUAUUCUUGGUUAUAUAAAUGUCUGCUGUAAUGGGUUUGAUGGAAAUUUUGAUGAUUUAGAGGAUUUGGUUAGGCCGCUGGGAGAUUUGAUUAGUUUUUGGCUGGUGGAUGAUGGGGCACAAGACAAGAAUGUAGAAUCCUUGAGGGUGUUCUUUCCACUCUUGAGCGAUAGCAUUGUGACGAGGGUUAGUAUUGAAGGAUGUGGGAUUGUCGACCUUGCAAGUUUUGUGGUUGCUGAGGCGUGCUUGUUGAAGUUGUGCUGGAAAAUUAGAGAGGAGGGAUUUGGAGAGAAAAUGCAGAUUGAGCUCAAAUCUUGGAUAGUUGGUUCCAUCACUGCAUUGGGAAGUUCAUACUUCUAUGUGACCCUUGCGACCAUGCUGAUCGAACAAGUGUUGCCUAUAACCUCCCUCGUGAACCUUGAACAUCAAGAUGGUUUGAGAGAAGUUCUUUUUGAUGCUUUGAUAGUGGUGGAGUAUUCUUUCCUCAGUCCUGAUAGCUUGGGUCAAUUACCAGCGAAGUAUGCAAAGCGCGUCAUUAUUACCAAAUUGAUGGCAACUUACGAAGCGAUUGAACUAUUUAGGGAUCGUGGAGACCACACGAAAGCUAUUUCCUAUUUGAAUGCUUUUGCUAAUUCUAGUUUGCCUACCUUAACAGUUAAAUGGGUCAGGACGGAGAUUGGUUAUGAAUCCGGCACCAAUGCACCAACAGGAUCAUCACCAAGAGCAUUUCUAAAAUGGAUGUUAAACAUAGAGAAUAAAGGAAUUAAGAUAUUUGAUGAUGAUAUGUCAAAUUUCCGAGCUGCAUUUAAUUCAAAAGAAGAGGCGGGUGCAAGCAUGGAAGAAGAUCAGAAACCAGAUUCCAAUCUUCUCUUUUACAUUGACAACAAGGGUAAAAAAGAAUACGGAAAUGAGGACAGCAAACAGAUGAACGAAAGCAUGAGUGCUGCAUUUACAGCUGCUGCGCACUCAAUGCAAUCACCGGUACAAGGAGGAAGAAAACGGAAAACUAAGAAGGGUGAAAAUACAAAGCAAGUAAAGUUUGUCAAAUAUAAUGCACUCAAGCACUCUUCAUUAUCCGGAGAAAGGUCUGCAGAUCCAAGAAAUGACCAUUCAGAGAGCGAGAGUGACGUAGAUAAUCCAUCCUCAGACGAAGAUAUGGGAAUAUAAAAGGAUCAAAAUCUUUAUGAAUGUAGAGGUAAAGAUGGAUUUGUGUUUUCCAUGUGAUUGUUCUGAGAGAGAGGAGUAAAGAGCUACAUCCUACUGUAAGCUUGACUAUUGAAAUCAAUUCCAUUCAAAGAAGGAUUAGUCCAAGUUCA